AGAAAAGAGACAUAUUAUGGAAGAUAAUAAUAAAAUAUUAAUUAUAUUUCAUUUAUUCAUUUUAAUUUGCCAUUGGUUACGCCUAGAAAUUGAUACAGCGAGGAGAUAUUGCAACACUUAUUAAGAAUGAAAAAACUGGAAAAUAUAAAGAGAAACUAUCAGUUUCAGCAAAAAAUAGUUAUAUACCAAUUCCAAAAGGCAAUGCGCCAUCAAUACCAGCAUAUUUAUUAGGAAAAAGUUUUCAUAAGAAUCACUUGCAUCGCAAUAAAUGCGAAGAAAAAAAGCAACCCAUUGAAGUAUCAUCGAAUGAUACUAAUCGCCCUAACAUAGAAAGUAACUCAUCUGAAAAACAUGAAGAAGUCACUAAAAAGUUGGAAGUUAAUAUUGAACAUUUGGCUUCAAGAACAUCGAAUGACGUUACUUCACCAGCUAUGUCCAUCGUUGACACAAAUAAUAAGCUGGAAGAAAAAAAGCAACCCAUUGAAUUAUACUCAAAUGAUUCUGAUCGCCCUAACAUAGAAAGUAACUCAUCUAUGAAUGAUAAAGAAGUCAUUAAAAAGUUGGAAGUUAAUAUUGAAACAUCGAAUGACGUUACUUUACCAGGCGUGUCAACUGCUGAAAUAAAAGAAACUUUAGAAGGAAAAAUAAUUAAUUUACAAUACACAAAAUGUGGAGUAAAAGAGCAACUGUUGGAGUUAUCUUCUAGCACUUCUGAAAACCUAAAUUUAAAAAGAAAUUCGUCCGAGAAAGAUGAGAGAGUCAUUAAAAAAGCAAAAGUUAGUUCUGACAUUUUACAUACAACGUCUAAUGGCGUUACUUUAUCAGGCAUAUCCAUUGAUAAUACAAAAGAAAGUCCGGAAGAAAAUAUAUGUAAAUUACAGGGUAAUAAAUGCGUAUUAAAAAAGCAACUGCUGGAGUUAUCUUCUAACACUGCUGUACAACCAAAUUUAAAAAGAAAUUCAUCCGAGAAAGAUGAAAAAGUCAUAAAAAAGCCAAAAGUUAGUUCUGAAGUUUCGGUUUCAAAUACGAAUGACGUUGACUUGCCUGUCGUGACCGUUAAAGAAAUUAAUGAUAUACCGGAGAUAGAAAUAGAAGUGACGCAUGAUCCGAACACAAAUGAACUAGAUCAGUAUAACGCGCCUUCGUUUAAGUCCCCUAAAUCUUGGUACACUUCGGACACAAUUAAUGAUUAUCUUAAAUUGAUAGUGAAAAGGUCCAAUGGCGAAGUUCAUGCUGUCGUUACCGACUUCAUACCAGCAUAUCUUCGAGGAGGUUAUCCAGCUGUAAGAAGAUGGAUUAAAAAAGAUAUCCAUUCAUUAAAGUUACUUUUUGUGCCAAUGAAUGUUGGCGGACAUUGGAUAUUGACUGUGGUAAACGUACCCAAAAGAACUGUGACAUCAUAUGACAGUCUUAAGUGUUAUGAUGGUCCUUAUCCUAUGGUACUGAAGGAGUAUCUAACUGACUGGGAGAUGGAUAAAAAGGGAGCAGCUUCGUCUUGGACUUUAAAAAUCGGCGAGACGACUCGCCAAACUAAUGGGUAUGACUGUGGUCCAUUUACGAUCGAGCUAGCCGAAAAAAUUGCACGUGGAGACACAACUCCUAUAAAUGGGAGUCUUAUGCCUUCUGUAAGAUUAAGACACAGAGAAGAAAUUAUAGCCGGCCAACUAUUUUUAUAAUUUUUUAUGAAAGAUAUUGC